AUGGACGGCAAGAAGGUCGACGCGGCCAGCGUGCGGCCCGCCGACUGGGACCGCCUCCGUGCCGGCAUCGCCCUCAAGACCUUCACCGCGCUCGUCAAAAAGUACCAGUCCAUGGGGGAGCAGGAGGAGGCCCGGCGGCUGCGCGAGGCGCGGCGCUUCGCGCGCGGGCUGUUCUGGAACGUCAAGGGGGAGGAGGGGCGGGCGGUGGUGGUGAGGCGGGAUUUCGACGCCUUCUUCGAGGACAGCGAGAUCGGGGACCAGGUGAUGGCGGGGCGCCUGCUCGGCUUCCGGGCGGCCGCUCGGCUUCCGGGCGGCCGCUCGGCUUGCGGGCGGCCGCUCGGCUUCCGGGCCUUCGCAUACUUUGAUAAGGACAACGACGCCGCCAUCACGGCCGAUGAGAUGAGGAGCAGCGUGGUCGCGGUGUUCAAGGAGAGGCGCAACAUGGCGGCGAGCCUGGAGGUGCGGCGGCGCAAGCGCGUGGAUGUGCUGGACACCGACUCCAUCGUGCGCAGCCUCCAGUUUGGCAUCGGCGUGGCCAUCCAUUUCGUGUUUUCGGCCGUCUACCUUCUUGGCUUCUCCACCUUUUCGGCCCUGGUGCUGGCCUUCACUUUUGUGUUCGGCAACUCCGUUAGGAACGUGUACGAGUCCAUGCUGUUUUUGUUUGUGGAGCACGCCUACGACGUGGGUGACCUCCUGGAACUGGAUGGCUCCACCUGGCGCGUGAAGCAGAUUGACCUGAUGUACACGGUUCUGACUAAG